AUGGCAGCCCUCAAAAAGUUGUUGGUCUCCAAGGACUCACCCCUCCGCGACAUCGGUCAACUCAAUGUCCCUUUCUCUCACUCUCCCAAUCAAUCUGAGGAUGAGGCCGAGGAAGCAGAAGAGGCCAACGACGAGGAGGCCGAAGACAAGAAAGAGACCAAGGCCAAGGUUGCAAAGAAAGAAUCUGAAGCUGCUGUUAGGGGAAAGUCCCCUACUCUAAAUGAUCAAAUCCUAGACUUGACUGAGGAGGAUGGGGAUGAGGUCUCCAAAAGCACCUCACCAAAGAAGGUUAACACUUCUGAAACUGAGAUCACUACUGCUACAAAGAGCCUGGACAUCGACACCGAACUCACAACCAAGAAGUCUGCCCAACUGUCUGCCGAGACCAAAACAAUGCCAACAGCUGAGAUCAAUGCACCAGAUUCUAGUACUUAG